AUGAAUGAAGAAACACCUCGAUUUCAUGUCGAACCUGAUCAGUUUUUUUCAUCUUUUACUUUUACUGAACUUUCCGAACAAAAUAUAACUGGUGAAGAUUUAUAUUUUUGGUCAUCACCAAUUGAUCUUAUUGAACGAUAUGAAUUGUAUUUAAUAUCAAAUGAUAAAACAAUGGGAAAAGAAAUUUAUUAUAACUGUACUUUACCAAGAUUUGGUCGAAAAUGUCAGUAUGAAUUUGAUCAAUAUGCUUUAGAUUAUACACUUCAAGAAUAUAUGCGACGUUUUUAUCGUUCUCAAUUGAUAAUUAGCUUUCGAGCAAAUCUCACCUGUUAUAUUCAUCUACAAUGUCAUCGUGGUCCAUAUCCAUCUUGUUUAGAUUGGACUGAAAUUUGUAAUGGAAUAAAUGAUUGUCUUGAUUAUCCAUUUGAUGAAGAAUAUUGUUCACAAGUCAACGUAAAUGAUUCACUAUAUCAACUAAGGACUUCAAUUCGAGGUUCAUUUAGUUGGCUCAAUAUUGCUCCACUUAUUGGAUAUGAGGAUACCAAAUGUAAUAAUGGUCCAUUAACAAGCUCUUGUUCACCAGGACGUAAUACCCAUUUACUGGAAGCGCGAUAUUCUAUUAAAGAUAAUUCAACAUCGGAUAAUUGUUGGUUGGCAUUGAAAUGUCUUUUUCAAAUACCAGAUUCAAUUUGUAAAUAUUUUUGUUCCUUAAACGAAUGUAUUGAAAUAAUUGAAGAUAAAUGUCCAUUGAUGUUUUAUUUUCCAACUAUUCCAAUUUUAUUUUCAAAUAUUUAUUUUGCAUAUGAAAAAACUGAUAUGAAAACAUUUCUCAAUGAUCAAUUCCCAAAUUCUUACAUCUGUUAUGAAAAUAAUUCGUUUUACGAUAAUUAUUUUCGAAAUCAAACAAUGAUUUCAUUUGAAAAUAAAAAAUGUUAUCGUUACAAUAAUUCAUCUCCUGUACCGGUAGCUGGUCCUUCAUUUUUAAAUUACAUGGAUUUAAUUUUUAACACAUUUUAUUCUUCUAAUCAACUUUUGAAUUCAAUUCCUUCGUUAUAUAGGAUCAAAACAACAGUUAGAAAAUCGCUCGAAUCUGUUGUCAUAAAGACUUCAAAUACUUUACCUCCAUGUUUGGACGAUGAUAGACCACCGACGAUGGAAUCUGGAAUACAUUUGACACACGAUGGUGAAUAUUUUUAUGAAUAUCAUUAUGUUGACGAAUCAUCUCGUUGUGAAAAGAAACUAUAUAUUACAUUUCAAUCCAUUUGUGAUGGAAUUAACAAUUUAUCACCAAAACUAAUCGAUGAACGAAAUCAAACAGAUGAAACUGAUUGUGAUUCUUGGCCAUGUAAUAAUUUAUAUACACAUUGUGAUGGAUUUUGGAAUUGUUUAAAUGGUGAAGAUGAAAUUGGAUGUCAACAAUCAUUGUCAAUCAAUUGUUCGUCUAAUGAACAUCUUUGUGUUUCAUCACGUACAAAGCAGUUUAUUUGUUUAAAUAUUAAUAAAACAAACGAUGGUCAAAUUGAUUGUCUUGGUGCGAUUGAUGAACCAUCAAUAUGUCAGCGGAAUAAUCGAUAUGUUAUAGAGAAUUUGUAUUGUACACAAAAUAAUUCCAAAACAUGUCUCGAUGGUAAUGAACUUUGCUGGGAAUGGAUAAAUUUUCAGAGUGAUGUGAAAUGCCAAGAAUUCGAUUUCCUUUCAUAUGAUGGAUUAUCGCUAAGUGAGGAAGACAUUUUAAGGCAACGUCGAUUAAUACUAUGUCAACAUUUAAUGGUCAAACGAGAAGAAUUUCGCAAAUAUUUUUCAUUAAAAGAAACAAAUGCUUUACCUAUAAAUACGUUGAUUUCAACUGAAAAAUCUUUCCAACCAUUGUCAUUUUUUCAAUUGCAAGGUUUAUGUCAUCGUGGACUUCCUUUACGUAUUUGGUUGAAUAAGAAUAAAUCUCAAAUCAUAUGUCUUUGUCCACAUAGUUAUUAUGGUUCAACUUGUCAAUAUCAAAAUCAACGAGUUAGUUUAAAUAUUAAAUUUGCUGUUUUGUUAUCAGAUAAUCAACAGAUUCCAUUUGAAAUUAUUAUUUAUCUUAUUGAAAAUAAUUAUCAAAGAAUUAUUCAUUCCUCUCAACAAUUUGUCUUUUUAUUUAUGAGAGACUGUGAAUUAGAAACGUUUAAUAAUUAUUUACUUUAUGCAAAGCGAUCAAAGAAUCACACCGAGAAUUACUCAAUUCAUAUUGAUAUUUAUGAGAAAAGUUCAUCGAUUUAUCGUGGAAGUUUCUUCUUUCCAAUCAUCAAUUCAUUUUUACCUGUUCAUCGUUUAAAUUUAGCACUUUAUAUUCCUUUAUCUCCCGAUAAAAUUCAAUAUUGUUCACAAAAACAUCAAUGUCUUCAUGGAAAAUGUAUUAAAUACUUGAAUUUCGAUCAAGAUAUCAAUUUUUGUCAAUGUGAUCCAGGAUGGUCUGGACAAUAUUGUACCAUUCAAUAUUUAAUUAAUUGUACAUGUUCACUGAAUACAGAAUGUCUCGGUAUUGAUGCUCGAAAUCGAUCAAUAUGUCUUUGUCCAUUAGAUAAAUCAGGUCCUCGAUGUCUAAUUAGAAAUCGAAUAUGUGAAAAGAAUGAUAAUUCAACAUGUCAUAAUCAUGGUCUAUGUAUUCCAUCUGAUUUAUAUAAGAAAACAACAAAUCCAUUUCAAUGUAUUUGUUCAAAAGGUUAUAGUGGACAAUAUUGUCAAAAAAAAGAUAAUGAAAUUCAUUUAUUCUUUGAAACAAAAUUUACUUCACCAACAAUAUUUAUUCAUUUCAUCGAAACUACAAAAGAUAUUCUACCAAGAACAACAACUAUUUGGAAAACAAUUUCUCUAAGAGAUAAUUCAAUUUCUUUUAAUUGGUCUCAUCCUUUCAAUGUUAUUUUGAUUGAAGAUCCUAAGAAAAAUUAUUAUUUAAUUAAUGUUCAAAAAGAUUAUAUCGAAUCACAAAACUUCGUAAAACAAGUGAAAUUUUCCGAUCGUUGUCGUCAUAUCAAUGAACUCUUUAAUCAGACUGUUCUAAAAUAUUCUCCUCUUCAACGUAUGAAACAUUAUCAUAUUCCAUGUCAAACGUCUCUGUUUGAUCUUCUAUGUUUUUACGAUAAUAUUCAUAUAUGUUUUUGUUAUGAAUAUUAUGGACAACGUUUAACCAAUUGUUUUCGAUUUAAUCAUACGAUGAACUUUGAUUGUCCAGGACGAAAUGAAUGUCAAAAUAAUGGUAAAUGUUUUCAAAUUGGUCGAGAAUGUGUGAAAACAACGAUAUGUCUUUGUGAAUCAUGUUUUUAUGGUAAACGAUGCAAAUUUACUACCAGUGGAUUUAGUUUAUCCCUCGAUAAUAUUUUAGCUUAUCAUAUUCAACCAACAGAUAAGAUAACAAAACAAUCAAAUAUAAUUAAAAUAAUUAUUUUAUUAAAUAUUGUUUUUCUCUUUGCAGGUUUGAUCAAUGGUAUUUGUUCAUUAAUAACAUUUCAAAAUGCGAAAUUACGUGAAGUUGGUUGUGGUUUAUAUUUAUUAUAUUCAUCAAUGACAACAUUGAUUAUAAUAAUAUUAUUUGGAUUAAAAUUUUGGAUAUUUAUUUUUUCACAAACAUCUUCAAUAACAAAUCGAUUAUUUUUACAUAUUCAAUGUAUUUCAUUAGAUUAUCUUCUUCGAAUAUUUCUUCAUAUGGAUCAAUGGUUAAAUGCAUGUGUUGCUUGUGAACGAGCUGUUACGAUAAUGAAGGGAACUCGUUUUAAUCAAAGGAAGAGUCGACAAACAGCAAAAUUAAUUAUGAUUUUACUUUUGAUUUUUAAUAUUUUAUUAUUUAUUCCUGAACCAUUUCAUCGACAUUUAGAUGAAGAAUUUGAUGAAGAGGAAAAUACAAGACGAAUCUGGUGUGUUGUUACUUAUUCAGUAAGUUUACAAACUUAUAUUACAAUUAUAAAUACAUUGCAAUUUUUUAUUCCAUUUAUAAUUAAUUUUAUCUCUGCGAUUAUUUUUAUAACAAAAAAAUCGGCUCAGCAAUCGCAUGUCCAAAAAAAGCGAAAUUUCAGAGAAAUUUUACGUGAAAAUUAUCGAGAACAUAAAAAUUUAUUCAUUUCACCUGUUAUAUUAGUUUUUCUUGCGGUACCACGUUUAGUUCUUACUUAUGUAUCGAAAUGUAUGCAGUCAACAAAUGAUUCAUGGUUAUUUCUUUCUGGAUAUUUCAUUUCAUUCAUUCCAGCUAUGUUAACUUUUGUUAUCUUUGUUUUACCAUCGAAAUUUUAUAAAGAAGAAUUUCAUAAAACUAUUCUUCGUUAUCGAACUGCUAUUCAACAAUAUGCACACAUUUCAAAAUAA